AUGCUAAUGGCCCGCCAGCCUGACUCCCCUUCAGAGAAGGCAGGGGUUCCUGACCCUCCAAUGCCCCAUCUCACGCCGGAGGAGGAUACACUCUCCCUGGCAGCCUCAGCUACUCAUUUUCAUGAGUAUGGGGAAGACGCAGAAGGCAGUGCAUCCCAGCUGUCCGAUCCAGGCUCCUAUUCCUCUGACCAGAGCUCCCGGACAGAGACGGGAGAUCACUGUAUGCGCACAGUUAUGCGAAUGGCCUUGGAGCACCAAAACUUAGACGUCCCAAAGGUGGAAAACUCUGCACCCGCAAGUGCUUUCUUCAGGCGCAGGCCGCCACCCACUGCCUUCGCUGUACCUCACUCACCGGACUUCCUGAGGGAACUACAGGCUAGUUGGAUGUACACUAGGGCCGGCUCCCGUAUGUCUGCUGACGCUCGAACUCUGGCAGCCAUGCAUAAUGCGGCAGCAGUGGGCCUGGAUCAUAUGCCAGCCGUGGAGCCAGCCAUCGCAUCCCUCAUCGUCUCCCCCGACGAGGCUCUGCGCCGGGAGACCAGGUGCCCCCGGCCCCAGUGCAGGAUAACAGAUGACCUGCUUGUUAGGGCUUAUGACUCUGGGGCACGUGCUGGCCGCAUUGGGAACUCCCUCUCACACCUUAUGCUGGCUCUCUCAGCCUCCCUGCAAGAAGGCGACGUGGGUACAGGGAAUGUGAGUGGUGAUACCAUCAAUGUGUGACGCGGCGCUCGAGAGCUCAGGCGGAUGAUGUCCACUGUUGUCCAGGCCCGACGCCAAGUCUGGCUGUCACAGUCAAACCUGACUGAGGCCUCAAGGAGAACCCUCAGGAGCCUUCCAGUGGAGCCAGGAACCGUGUUUGGCUCAGCUGCUCAGGAAGCGCUGGAGAGAACUAUUCAGACGGGGCAGACCAGACAACAACUUGCAAGCCUCCGUCGCAUGCCUCCCCCUAGCAGGCCCCCCUCUGGCAGAGGUAGGGCCACGGCUGCCCCCAGGGCUCGCCCUCCACCACCACCUCACACUGUGGGCCAACGAUGCCCUCAGCGACCCACGCAGGCACAGACCCCCGACUUGUGGGCCUCCGCCCCGUUGCCCUCCUGACAGUUUCGGGCCCGGGACCCUGGACGACCCCCCACCAGGGCCCCUAGGGGUCAGGGGGCCAGGCACUGAGGCUACAGGGCCGGCCGUCGGAACGUUAUCACACCAGCAGCUCAGGGACUGGGCUGCUUGAGCUUCAGACCCGUGGGUGGUUACCACCUUAACCCAUGGGUACAAGCUCCAGUUCCGAUACCGGCCCCCCACAGCCGGCCGGGUCAAAAUGAAAGUUAUCGGUGACCCGGCAAAGGCCCUUGCGUUAGAGCAGGAGCUGUCCGUCCUCCUGACCAAGGGUGUCAUCAAAGAAGUGGACAUCCCAGGGGGUUCUACUCGACUUAUUUUCUCGUCGAGAAAAAAACUGGCAGACAUCGUCCUAUCCUGGACCUGAGGGGACUCAACCGGUUCCUCAAGGUCAUGCCCCUCCACAUGCUGACCACGGCAGAGGUGUUGCAGACUGUUGCCUGCAGGGAGUGGUUCACAUCUGUGGACUUGGAGGACGCAUAUUUUCAUGUCCCCAUCGCCCAGGAACACAGGCCCUUCCUUCAGUUUGCCUAUCGAGGUCACCACUGGCAGUUCCGCGUGCUACCGUUUGGCCUCUCUCUGUCUCCAAGAGUUUUCUCCAGGUGCGUCGCAGCCGCAUUAGCGCCACUGCAAUCCCAAGGCAUGAAGAUAAUCCCUUAUCUGGACGACUGGCUGGUGUGCGCACCAUCCUGGGCACAGGCCACAGAGGAGACAGCGCGCCUCCUGGCCCACGUGGCCCAACUGGGACUCAAGGUGAAUAUCGAAAAGAGCUGCCUCGUACCAUCGCAAACAACAAUAUUUAUUGGUCUGUCCUUGAACACCAUAAUGACGAAAGCCUGUCCCCCCGCCGGGUGGACGAUAUGCUCAAUCUUCUGCUCCUUUUCCGGGGAGGCAGGCGACUGCCACUCCUCACAUUCCUCCGUCUCCUGGGCAAACUAACUUCUGUUGCAGCAGUUGUCCCGCUGGGUUUGUUGUCACUGCAGCCCCUGCAGAGGUGGCUCAACAGCUUCCACCUGGACACCAAGCGGCAUGGGCGGAGGAGGAUCGGUGUCUCACGCCAGUGUCUUCUGGCCCUUGCUUAG